UAUAGUGGGUUAUUUGAUGGGAAGACUUUAAAGUGACGAAUUUAAAGUGACAUCUGAUUUGUAUUGGUGGACGCCGUGUUUAUUUAGGUUAAUAAAUUGACAAAACCCAUCCAUUAAUUUACUUAAAGUAUUUGAGUUCAACGAGUUAACACAGCAUAUCAAACCCAGCCCUAGUGGCGAGUAUGUGAAGCGCGUCGAAUAACAGCACUGGCGACAGGUGUGAUAAUUAAGUGUGAAAUACGCUUCAUUCAUGUUCACGCAGAUGCCUUUACGCGGAAGGCAGACCUCAUUUCACAGACGGACAAAACGGGCUGUGACAACCUGUCGUUUCAUGUGUUCCGUGUAAUCUUGAUUAUUAAUGGCUUCACUGCGAGUAGCGGUCCGAGUCCGCCCUUUGAACAAACGAGAAAAGCAGUUUUCAUCGAGGGUGAUAAUUCACAUGAAUGGCAGCUCCACAUCUAUUCGCAAGCCUCCCUCUAUUCAAGUGGACCAACAGAAGAACCAAGACAAGACCUUUGCUUAUGACUUCUCCUAUGAUUCAACGGACCCAGGAGGACCCACAUUUAUAUCACAAGAGAGGAUUUUUCAUGACUUGGGGUCUGGAGUCUUGAAAGCUGCAUUUGAGGGCUUCAAUUCCUGCGUGUUUGCUUAUGGCCAAACCGGCACAGGAAAGUCCUACACCAUGAUGGGUCACACAGGGGAUAAAGGUUUAAUUCCACGAAUCUGUGAAGGCUUGUUCUCCGAAAUAUCCCAUAGAGGCAAGAGCGAAGCCGUGUCAUUCCGCACAGAGGUCAGCUUUUUAGAGAUCUAUAAUGAACGUGUGCAGGACCUUCUCAAGAAAACUAAACCCACAGAUGGAGGCUUGAGAGUGAGAGAACACCCCCGCGAUGGUCCCUACGUUGAGAAUCUGUCAAAGCUAUUGGUACACAACUACAGUGACAUGGAGGCCCUGAUCCUUCUUGGAAAUGCCAACCGCACCACAGCCAGCACGUGCAUGAAUGAUGUCAGCAGCCGCUCCCACGCUAUCUUCACCAUCAGCUUCACCCAGGCCUGGUUUGAUGCAGAGAUGCCCCGCGAGACGCUGAGUAAGAUCCACCUGGUGGACCUGGCAGGCAGCGAGAGAGCGGAUGCCACAUGCACCACAGGCACGAGACUGAAGGAAGGAGCCAACAUCAACAAAUCCCUGGUGACCCUGGGCAGUGUGAUCUCAGCUCUGGCUGAUCUCGGUGUGGGAGGACAGUCAAAAAAGAAGAAACCGACCUUCAUUCCUUACAGGGACUCAGUGCUGACCUGGCUGCUGAAGGACAGCCUGGGUGGGAACUCUUUGACUACGAUGAUAGCAACGGUCUCUCCCGCUGAUGUGAACUACGGGGAGACCCUGAGCACGUUGCGCUAUGCCAGCCGAGCUAAAAACAUUGUGAACUCUCCCACCGUAAAUGAAGACUGCAGCGUGAAGGUGAUCAGAGAGCUGAAGGAGGAGGUUACCAGGCUCAGGAGGCUACUAGAGGAAGCCAGUCAGGUUUCUCAUGGGGAUCCAUCUUCCUCUGUGACUGUAGAGGAGGAGCUACAUCAGAAUCAGACACGGGUCCUCGCACUGACCAAGGAGUGGACCUGCAAAUGGGGAGAGACUCAGAGUAUUUUGCAGGAGGAGACUGUGGCUCUGAGGAAGGAGGGUAGUGGAGUGGUCCUGGGCUGCCAGUUACCGCAUCUGAUCGGCAUUGAUGAAGACCUGCUCAGCACUGGAAUAGUCCUGUAUUAUUUGAAAGAGGGCAGAACAGUGAUUGGGAGUGACGAAUCAUCAUGCAGUCAGGAUAUUGUACUCCAUGGGUCUGGGCUCCUCGGUAAACAUUGUGUGCUUGAGAACCGGGCAGGGACCGUGACGCUGAUCCCUCAGGAUGGUGCACUGUGUUCAGUCAACGGCUCCGUGGUAACUGAUCCCUGCCAGCUGUCUCAAGGUGACAUCACACAGUUAGGAAGAGGAAGCUUGCUCCGGUUUAACCACCCGACUGAGGCCGCCCAGCUCGGAGACAAACGGCAGAGAGGGCUGCUUUCUGACUUUAUCCUGAACUUGACUGACCCGUCCAAGUCUGCUGAGAAUCUGUCCGAGGUGAUGCUGCAAAACCCAGGGAGGAUGAGAGAGGAGCUCAAUCAGCAGGAGGUGGAAAGGCGGCAAGUUGAAAGCAUGAACCAACGCGACAUCAAAAUACUUUCAAAGGAAAACGCCGGGGGUCUCCAUCAACAGAGCGCAGGAGAGAAGACCACGGGGACACAUCUGGAGGAGACUGCCGAUGGCCAGAUGAAUUUGCUGGUUGCAGAGACGGCUGAAGUGCCGAGCUGUCCUACCUCCCCUACAAUAGACCGGGACAGGACUGCAGCCGCGCCUGGAAAAUCUCCCGUCCCUCACACUAGAUCUGAGUUCGAUGGAGACACACUACAGGGUGGGACAUGCCCCAGAGAUGGCCCGAAGCAGGAGGGGGACUUGUGUCAUCAAUCAGGGCCCGAGCUUUCCUCCACGACCACUCAGAGUGGAGCGGGAGUUGCAAGCUAUAACGAAGAAGGGGUUUGGUCAGGGGAUGGCAGCCUCCAGCAGACAAGAGUCCUGGGCCCGGGUGAUGGAUGUGGCACAAAGCCAGAGGGGAAUGCUAACAAGAUCAAAGGCAGCAUGGCUGACUGCUACAAGGAGAGACCCGACUCUGGUGGGAGCUCAUUAGGCAUCACGUCCCACCUGCAGAGCAGUGCCAGCACUGGCUCCACGUUUGUCCUCCCACAGACCAGCACUCAUUCUCGGCUCCACGAAAAGCCUCUUAGCAGUCAGGCAGCAUGCUGUCCCCCCGAGGAAACCUCUUUCAAGGGCCAGUUUGGUUGUGGAGAGAUGGAUGAAGCUGGUGGUUUGGAAGAGAUCCCGAAAGCGUGCAGGACUGAGACUGCAGCAGCCACAGUUCAACACUCGGGGCUGGGUUCUUUGGUCAGCAGAGUUUCUUUGAUUUUCCAAGAUGCCGGUCGUUUCCUGUGGAGCUCUCGCACAGUAUUGCAGCAGGUCAAGGAAGAGGGACUACAGCCCGUCGGGGCCCGCUGGUCCAGCCAUGUUGUCUCUGUGGUCAGGGAAAGUUAUGUUCUGUCUGUAGUGAAGGACAGCCGGGUCUUCUCCAUGGUGAAAGGGAGCUUUGUCUUCUCUCUCUUUAAGGAUAGUCAGAUAGUUUCCACGGUGAAAGAUCUAUCUCUUAUACAGCACAUCCAGAUGGAGUUGGCUAAAAGGAUAAUGCCUGAAGAGGGAGCUCAGAUGGAAAUCUUUAGCAAGGCAGAGGACAUACCACUAAUGCCAGAAGAUAUCUGUGCAAGGAAUGCUGCAAUCAGAGAUCUGAAGUUGACACAAGAGCAAAACAUGUCUUCUAUUGAAGUACAGGAACGCACUACAGAUCUGUUGCUGGAAAAACACAGGAAGAAAGAUGUUACCCGCGCAGCCGAGGACAAAGCCAGGACAUUAGAGAACCCGAGGACUGUGCAAACCACAAACAAUGUCCAAAUCUUCUGUCAAACAUUGAUCAAAUUUCCAGCUUCCCUUUUAAACUUGCAAACAUUACCAUUUGUUGACCUGAUGGAUGCUUUACGGUCCAUCAUCCCCACCUCAGUGCUCACCUGCGAGAGUAUUGUAGCUCUCUAUUGGGUUAAUGUUGCUAACUGCAGCCAUCCUGAGCCGCAUCCUGCCCUCCUGAUCCUGGCGGAGACCGGCCUCUUCGCCCUGAGCGCCAAUUUUGGGCUCUGGCUUUUGUUCCAUCACAUCCCCAUGUUCCAGCUGAAAGAGGUGCAGAUAGGCUUAGCAGACCAGAGUCUGCGUUUGAUGGGUGCCACGGAGGAGAGCAUCCUGGGGGUCUACACACACAGCCAGCAGCUUACCAAGGCGCUUUGCGGGGGCAUACUUGCUGUCAUCGGCCCCGGGGACCACACGUUGCCUCAGCACCCACUGCUCCAUGGAGACUUGACGAAGUUGUCUUUCGACUGGGAGGCCUGCGUACCGGACCUGCAGCUGGAUGCUGGUUUAAGGGUUUACAGCCAGUUUCAGAAAAGUCUUGCCGAUCUGGUUUAUCUUCUUCAUUGUAACAUGGAUCAACAAGCCGUGACCCUGGCAGAGGUGCAGAUCCUACUGUACACCGGUGUAAGGGUAUGCAUCAGCCCCAACAGCAGCACAGAGUCUCUGGCACAGCUUUUACUCACUGACACGUACCUCGGUCUGGUGCAGGACAACGCUGUCUUUCAUCAGACUCUUCCCUCAGUCACCAUCGCACCCUGCCGUUCCCAAUUCCAUGACUUAACGCUGCGUCGGUGCUCGGAUGUGCGUUGCGUGCUGGUGCACGAUGAAGACGAGCAUGGCGCUGUCACCGUGGAUGUGAUCCUGGCCCAUGUGAGGGGCAGGAGUCGCCCUGAAAACCCCACUAAGGCCGCUACCUCACCUGGACAAGCUUCAAAUUCAUCUCAUCAUGCAGAAGUGUGGAAAUUAACUCUCAGUUGCUCCUCUGAAGCGGCCUUCCUGAUUAAUCACUUGUCAAAUGUCUGAUCGAGGACUGAUCAUCCAGUAAUGAACGGUCUCACUCACAGGGAUCCAAAGUGCAUCAUAACCACACAAUGCAAAGAGUGGUGAAUCAGUGACAACCAUGACUUAUUUAAAACGUCCUCUUGAUUUAUUUUUCAUAGAUUUUGUGGUGUUGUCCUUUUUUAAUAAUGCACGGCUUUAUUACUUUUACCAAACCCUUGACUUUCUUCGCUCUUGCAUUGUUGUUCAUUGAUUACUCGCCAUGCAUUAUUUUUGUCAAAAAGCUUGUCUUUAUCCUAGUUUAAUAUGGAAUCUUUUAAAUAUUUGAAGGUCUGACAUUGAGGAUUGAAAACAUGUAUAACUGUUUAAUUGGUUUCAUGGGCAUUUAUAUUUAAGAUUUUAGAUUACCAAUCUGACAUUACUUACUUAAAUGGUGUGUAUAUUCAUGUCUUUGAACUAAUAUGUGAAGUUUCUUAAAUUUUAUAUAAAAUAAAUAUUUGAAAGUAAAUCCACUGCUCCUUUGGAGUUACUUACCACAUAGGAUGCAAAAUAUGUUCUAAUAAUGGGACCUUUUAUUUUUCACGGUGGUGCUGUGCAUGAAUCUGUAUUCCGCUCUUAACCAAUUUAAGAAUAGGGAUACGCUCCUGAAUCUCCUGUAAAGUUACAAACGGAACAAAAGCUCCGUAGAAUGAUUCCCAUCAGACAACAUUGUCUGAUUGUCUGCAAGACAAAAACAUCUUCACUGUUUAAAUUCCAACUGGUUGAUCAUGCGGCAUCACAGAGAAAUAUAACUUUUUGUGGGUUGGAGCUAAUGACUCUUUGUCUUGACUGAGUGGCCUGAUCCAGCAUGGGAAAUUACAGGGGCAAUACAGUGCAAUCAGUCCUCUUGUCUGCUCCGGUAUGAGGGAUGGAGGUUUGGCUGUGAGUGAGGAACCGAUUCAAACAUUGUAUUGUUUUUUUUGUUUUUUUUCUCUUUUCCUCAAGACAAUUACAGUUCAAACCAACUCCUGUGUAUCAUGCCUCUCUGCCAGUGAAACACAAAAGGCAGACCGAUCAUAAUCUGAUCAAUUGAAAUAAGGCUAGUUUAAUAUAAACUGUAAAAUGAGUUGGUGUGUGUUUUGACAUUAAAGAUUAGUUAUUUUUAUUCUGAAAGGAGAACCCACUACAGUUAUCUCAUUAGUUCAAAGUGGCCCGUGUGUGGAAUGGACAGGAGGUGCUUGCUCUCAGAUCAGAUACACCAGCCCACUGGCAGGCUUUCAACCUCUAAUCAUUACUGCGUGUGAUUUCCCACCGGUUCUAAUGCGCAAAGUCAUUGACAGCACAUAACAGGAUAAUUUGUUUACCUCCUCCUUUGGAAGCAUGUGAACGUGACCCAGUCGGUUCUCUCAUUGCUGAACUGUUGAUGGACUGAAAGAUUUCUAAUCAGCCGGGUCAUUCUGCAGCGUCGUCCCGUCUAUAAUCAAAGCCGUUUUAGACUAAUUUAAAACCAUCCUUUUUAGUUUCUUCUGGUAUUGUCACUACUGCUUAAAAAUAGGCAUCCUUUAAAAAUGACAAUCAGGCUUCUAUUAGAGAUUAUCUAUUGCAAUAACCAACCCCUGUGUGCCUUGAACCUUCAAAAUAGAGUACAAACGCUUCUUUUUAAAAUUUCACUUCAAUUUGAGAAAAUGUACCACCUGAAUAAAUAAAACCAUUUCCCUUAACAAAGACACAAUGGUUUGCCAUUUGUAGAUUAUACAGCCUCUAUUAGUCACUUAGUCACAAUUAGUCACUUUCUAAUUGUUCACAACGUUGUCAGUCAUUUUGUUCCUACUAGCAUCCUCCUCAGGGCCUUUUUGUUGUCACUAUUGCCACUUAAGGACUUCUGUUCAGUCAAGCCCAGAUUUUUCCAGUGCCACUAUUUUGUAUUACUGC